UUUUUUUUUUUUUUUUUUUUUUUUUUUUCCCAGCCAUAUGAUGGCCGGCUUUGUGCAAACACUCCUGAGCACAUCCAGGCUGCAGCAGAAAAACGACUUGAAGUCCGGUUCCCAUGGGUGACAAGUGUUGGCUUCUCAUCAAGAACAGUCUCUGGAAAUGAGACCGCCAAUUCUUCUGACCGAUUCUCCUUACUGCAUCCUGUGACAGGAACCAAUGCAAGAUUCUCCUUGUAUGAUCGCUUCCAUCAGAAAAAUCAAAGGAGACAAGAGGAGAUUUUGAGGAGUUUGAAAUUGGCCCCACAUUUGGCUGCUCUUGUCAAUUCCUCCGUAGCAGAACAGCUAAACCGGGAGUUGUCUUCUAGCAAGUACUCGUUGUGUCAAAUGAAAGAUGAACAUUAUAUGUUCUCUCUUCGACUGUACUUUCAUCUUCACAACAAAAGGAUUAAUGACAAAUACACCCAAACUUUGAAGAUGCGAGCAAAGCAAUCCGUCCACAUUGGCCUACAUGGUAAACUGACAUUCAGGAGUGAAGGCAGUACCACAGCAGUUCCAGAAGUUUCAACAAGUUCACGAGAGCCUGACACUGACUGCUGGGGACGGACAGAUAUACGUGCCAGGAUGGAGAUCCCAGAUUUCCAGUUGCAAAACCAGCCAAACCCACUGUUGGAUCAUGUUUUGGAUGAGACCCAAUCACCGGAAGAGAUCAUAGGUGCAGUGGGUACCACAGUGUUGAAAAGAUUGGAUUUGAUGUCUUUAGGAUUGAACCAGGAAGUGGAGGCAACAGUGGUGAAUUGUUGCCUUUCUCAGUUAACCAUAAUUUCUGCACAAAAGGGCAAGGAUGUUCAUGCUGUCAAUUCAUAUGUAGUGGCCACUUGGCAACCACCUUUAAAUUGUGACCCGUUUCUGUCCCUGCCUGUUGAUGCUUCCUCAAAAGACUGCAUCAUUUUUCCUCUGUGCAAGUCAAGUCACUGGACCCUGUGUGAUGUUCCAACACAGUCAGCAUCUGUGGAUUGCGGUGUAUUCAUGCUAAUGUAUGCAUUGUAUAUGGCACUUAACUGGAAGUUUGACUUCACUCAGCAUGAUAUGUCCCAUAUCAGGAGGUGGUGGGUGAAUCUGAUCUUAUCUAAAAUGACACAUGGAAGAAAGAAGCGGUGCACAUCAGCCAUGUUGGAAGCAUUUAAGGAGGAGAAACGGCAGGAGAAAGAAGUGCAGAACAUCGUAAUCUUGAUGUUGCCAGAUGCUGUCCUGUUGGAUAUUCUUCUUCACGUGGUCCUGGAGGAGGGCGAUGUUGCGUUACUGAAUCCGUCUUUGGUUUGUUCCAAAUUCAGAAGUCUGGUGGAUACGGACUCCUUUCGAAAGAGGGCACACUUCUGCUGGCUUGACAGUGUAACUAAAUGGAGAACAAAGUCUGAGCCAUUCCCGGAAUUUUACAAAAUGUACACACUGCAGCCCUGUAGACACUGCAAUGAGGUUUACAAGAACUGCUUACCAGGCUAUGUUGGAAGAGGAAAACGAGGAGAGAUGCAAGGCUUUUACUCGGAAAACACCCAUCCAGGGUUUUGCAGUGAUUGGUGCAUGAUGCUGGAGGAGGAAUAACUCUGUAUAACUCAUCAGUUCUGUUCUGAAAGUCUUGUAAAUACCUCAGGAUAGGUGUUUGUGAUUUCUGAUUAACCUUUUUUUUUUUUUUUUUUUUUUUGUCUACUUGCUUACUGGAUGUAUUUUAUACUGUUUACAAGGUAUGUUGUCAUAGUCAGUGCUAUACAAAGUCUGUUACAAAUGUAAUGGAUACUUUAUUUUUAUAUAUGUGUCACGAUCACCGUCUGUUCCUGUCACAUCCCGGACUACAUUUCCCAUGAUCCUCCAUUGCUUAUCACCUGCACUCACUUCACAAUCACUCCACACUAAUCACCACACCCAGCUGCCACACAUUACCUGGACUAUAAAGGACUCAUACACACACCACCUCACCGCGAAGUCUUGAUUACCCUGUGUGUCAAUUCUAAGCGUUUCCCUGUGUUUAUCCUGUUUCCCUGUCUGUUCCUGUUCCUGCCUUUGACCCUUGCCUUGCCAUCCUGUUCUGUGAAUGUUAUCUGCCUGCCUCGAUCUACUGCCUGUACCCUGACUACGAUUCUGCCUAGCCCUUGCUGUUCCUGUUGCCCCUGCUUAGACCCUGCCUGUACGACCACGCUUACCACUGUAAAUAAAAGCUUGCAUAUGGAUCUUACCAUGAGUCCCGCUUCGUAACAGAAGACUUCGCCCACUACGAUCCAGCAGCUUCUACAAGCGUUUCCAGCCUCAGAAUGGACCCAGCUAUAUGUCUCAUCCACCUUCGUCAAGGUAAUAGUUCCCUGGAGGACCACAUUCAGAAGUUUCUGGAUAUUGCCCAUUAUGCAGACUGGCCUGACUGUGCUCUUAUAGACUUUUUUUGCGAUGGCAUAAACCAACCCCUUCAGAAUAAACUGAGACAAGAGGGACCACGUUCCUCACUUACUUGUUUUAUGGACUAUGCAUUGUUGACUGUUGGUUCUCUGUUUACUGUGGGUGUCGCGGAGGAACGCGAUUCCUCGUCUGGUUGUGUAAUGGCCGCCGCGCCAGUUGACACUCACAAAAUGGCGGUUACCACAAUAACAGAGCCAAGUCACGCCUUCGCUGAUCGCCCAGAGCAACGUCACGUCUCCGCUGAUCGCCCAGAGCAACGUCACGUCUCCGCUGAUCGCCCAGAGCAACGUCACGUCUCCGCUGAUCGCCCAG